AUGCAGGCCGAGGACCUGGCGGACGUGCUGCGGGGCCUCGAAGAGGAGUUCGAGGCGGGUGAGAGGCUGGCCGACGAGCGGGCGUGGUGCGCGCCGGUGCCGCCGCGGGAAAGGGAGGUCAGGACAGUGCGGAGGUUCUACCGGGCGUUCCACGACGCCGGCACGCUACCGACCGCGACGUGCACGCUAUGCUACCGGAAGCAGGCCAGGGUGGAGCUCAGGGAGAUGGCGUGGGAGGGCUGGUCGCGGCACGGCGCGGCGCAGGGAGGCGGGCGGUCGCCGUUCGGGUGCCGAAGCUGCUUCCCCGAGGGCGCGCCGGUGCCGGUGUGCGCCGAGUGCGCGCGGCGGGUCGGGCGCGACGGCGCAUCGGCGGCGAUGCACCUCCACCGGCGGCUCGGCUGCGAGCACGUCUACCCGGACGAGCUCUGA